GUUGGGCUGGGCUGGGCUAGGCUGGGCGGGCCGAGCUCACCACCCAUCUGCUCCACCAGGGGAAGCUGCUCUCUAACCAAGCCUCCGGAGCCAAGCAAGUCCGAUCUGCCAGGGAGCCUCCGGCCUUGAACACUGACCAGAGUGUCUGAAGACCCUGUCCAGCUCUCCAAUGGCCAGCAACAAUACCGCCAGCAUAGCGCAAGCCAGGAAACUGGUAGAGCAGCUGAAGAUGGAAGCCAGCAUCGACAGGAUAAAGGUGUCCAAGGCAGCUGCAGACUUGAUGGCCUACUGUGAGGCACAUGCCAAGGAAGAUCCCCUGCUGACCCCAGUCCCGGCCUCAGAAAAUCCCUUUCGGGAGAAGAAGUUCUUCUGCGCCAUCCUUUAAGUCUCUGAGAGGAGGCUGAAGAUCUUCGGGGCUCCCGGGACAUUGAUGUAGAGUUCCUAGCAGAGUGGGCGCCUUUCUCGUCCGCAGCAUUUAAAGAGAGGAAGGAGAACCAUCCUGGACACUCCGGGCUGUGCAUGUUUAAAGAACUGUCCCCUCAUGAGAAUGAAAGCUGAUUCCAUGUCCCAACUUUAGAGAUCUGACCCUGCAGACCGGCCUGGAGGAGGGGAGUGUAUAAAAAAAAAAAACGAGAUUGGUGUCACUUCUUUUCUGCUACCCCCCACCCCCCAAGACCUUACAUUUCUGCUUCAUAUUUAUAAACAAACAAAAUAAACAUUAAAGCUGGUGUCCUGAGCUGAGAUAUGGCUGACAUCCUGGGAAUGAGAAUUGUCCUUCAAGUACCCUCUGAUAAGAUGUCGCCCCGUGUAGCCACAGUCCAGUUUAAUGGCUCCCACGUUUAUAGUCUUUUGUGCCUUUUUCUUUUCCUUCCCUUUCUCUUUCUCUACCCCUCUCUGUUAGAGGGCUGGGGGGAUUAGGCUGGGUUUGUGUGUUCACCUCCAAGGCGGAGUGAACAGCUGAGAUGUUUAGAAAGAUGUUCCCCCAUGGGAUUUCUUCAUGAGAAUAACGAUAAGAAAACAAAGAAAUCACACCACACACACGCGCACGCACGCACGCACGCACGCACACACACCACAAUGCCGGCUCUCUGUGUGUCCCCUUACCACUAUUCUCGAUAUUUGUAUAUGAUAGUUUCGAUUCUGCGAGUAAAAGUAAACCAUGUGUUGUGACAGGUGCUUUCAUAUCCGUGGUAGUUUUUGAGUGACGCUGCAUGAACAUGUCCCUACAUCGCAUCCAUUCAGAAGUUUCGUUGUUUAGCUGGAAAACUUAAGAAGAGAAGUGAGAGAAAAAAGAGGCCAGGGGGCGGGGGGGGCGGGAUCCUCUGUACUUUGAUAAUUGAAUCACUUCAGCGCCUUAGCCAUGCCUGAAAUACCUCCUAGUGACCUGUGGUGUUAAGUACCCCGACCCAUGGCAUUCGGGCUCACCCGGGGUCCAGGGCAGCUGGGUUACCCCUGCACUGGAGACCAGGCAGGUGUCCAUCGUGGCUUGGGAAGGCACUGUCAGAAUAUAACAUCAGCACGUCCCCACUUCCAGGAACCGUGGAAAGCAUGUGCAAAGGAACACUUUCCAUGUUCAUAGCUAGGCAACCACGGCCCUCUAUAGUUCAAGCAUCGGAAGAAAUAAGCCCAUGGCUCCAAGGGAGGCGGCCAGCCUCGGGAUGCUUGUUUAAGAGACAAAGUCCCUGAAUUGUGCUCUGAGCAGACCUCGAGGCUGGCUCUUCUUCCGGCUGACGUGGCCCCAGUUUUUCACUUCCCCAAGAUUUCAAAGCAUUCACUGCUUUCUUCUCCACCCUGUUUCUCAGAGCCUCUCUGCCUUACUUACAACUCCCUCUGGCUAGUGCUCUCUUCCCACAAUAAGGCACCGAGAGCGAGUAUUUUUCAUUACAGUUAAACCCUCCGUCAAUAGCAGAAGGCCUCGGCUGCCUCCAGACUUUCUGUCAUCUACGCAGUCAAGGAGAGCCUCUUACACGUACGUCUUUUUGUUUUCAAAUCCUAAAAGACCACUAAACCCAAGUAAAAUCUAUUUCCUCCUCUUGCCAUUCUCUUCCCAUUUUAAAAGUUGGUAGUACUUCUGAAGGGAAGAGAGGGUAAAAAGACUUCCUAUGGCAAGGACACAUUUUCAAAAUAGAUUUGGUAAGAUAUUUUUCCUAACUCUUAUGGGUUUUCAGCUAAAGGAGUGAAUUAUGCCCAUUUAAAGUUUCUGCCGGGGGUGGGAGAGAAGAGGGUACAGGACUGAUUAUCAAUGAGCAAAUGCAAUUCUGUAACCUGAAACUUCUGUUCCGGAGGGUCUAGGGGGUUUGUUACAGUUGGUGGGAUGCUCAUGAAGAUUUAAUGGUCAAAACAAACAGACAAAAACAAAAAAAAAAAAAAAACACCAAACCACUGUCAGCUUACAGAUAAUGCAAUUAAUAACACUGUAGAAUCCGGUAAAAGAAUCACAUUCAAAGUGAGCAGAGACAUGAACCUGUGUUCACAUGUCAACAUCCGUGACUGGGGCACUCUGUGCUGGUUGUGGGGUACACUAGGAGGAUUCCAGACUUCUGUGCAAAUUUAGAUCUCUGAAGCAGUUAAAACGGGAACCUAAUCUUUGGAGUGCCCCUUGUACAGGUCUAGCAAUUAAACAUUCAGGACUUGCAAAUUACUUGUGAGCAUGCCCACAGGAUAAAAGGGCAGGAAGUUCUGUCCUCUUCCACACAGAAGUUUCAGGAAAAUAAUCGUCUUUUUUACAAUUUCAUAUCCUUCGGUAUGGAGCUAUGGCUGGAAUCAGUUUUGACUCAUUGAUGCUUGUGUUAAUUAAAGGGGAAAAAGGGUUUGUUUACUUGGAUUGGCUCCAAAGAGCUUAAUUCUUUCGGGAUGUCAACCACCAUUGUCACCAGCAUAAUUUUAUCGUGGGUUAACUAAUAGGAAACUUCAGUUUAACCAUUUAAGACCCUCGUUUCUCUAUACCAGGAAAAUAAUUAAAAUCUGCCCUGGAAUUAAUAAAUAAUAAAUAUCAUACUUAUAAUGCAGUGUCUAUUAAGAUACCUGAACCAUUUUAUUAUCAACUCCAAUUUAAAAUGUUUUCAAGUUUGAAAGUAAGUGUGAUGUAAGUCAAAUCAUCAGAUUUAAGAAGAAGGACAAGUAUCAUACUUUUCCCCACAUGCUUGUACUCACAUGAGUUUUGAGAAAAUCAAGCUGGUGACCUUUAGCAGAUUUUUUUUUAAUGCUUUUUCCCCCCUUGGUGUUUGCUUCUAGCCAAUCCUGAAAAUGAUGAAUUAUUAUGUGUCUGUUGUGUCUCACAGGCCAACAAUUGUACCACGGUUCAGAUCGCCACGCUUUUCCUGUAUAAGAUCUGUAGAAUGUGUCUUUGAAGAGGAGAAAACAGAAAAAAUGGGGGUGGGUUAUCUUAUGUUUUGGUGGGGUUUUUGCUUUUGGGGGUUUCUUGGUUGGCUGGACUUUGUUUUGUUUUGUUUUUGUUUUUGUUUUUUUCAAGAUGGGGUCCCACUAUGUGGCUGUGACUGUCUGGAACUUGUUCUGUAGACCAGGCUGGCCUCGAAUUCAGAGAUUCCCCUGCCUCUGACUCUUGAGUGCUUGGGAAUAAAGGCGUGAGCUGCCACGCCCAGCUUAAAAACCGCGGAAGCAGGGAAACCUGAAUGUGAUGUGCACACCUUUAUCCCACAUGAACUGUGUGUUUGUUUUAAUAAACGGAAUUUUCAGAUUCA